GUUUCUUAUUUCCCUCCCUUCACUCCCUCUCUCCUUCUUUCUAUAUAUGUUCACACGCAUACAUACACACAAUACAACAUCAGACUCUCUCAAAUUACAUUUUCUUGUUUCUCUAAUUUCAAACCAAAGUUUCAAGAAACAGAAACCAAAAAAAAAUCAAGAAACCCAAUGGAAGUGAGUAGCGUAGACGAGAGUACAACGAGUACAGGUUCAAUAUGUGAAACUCCGGCUAUAUCUCCGGCGAUGACGUCAGCGAAUCUACACAGGAUGGGAAGCGGAUCUAGCGUGGUGUUAGACUCUGAGAACGGAGUUGAAGCCGAAUCGAGGAAGCUUCCUUCGUCCAAGUACAAAGGCGUAGUUCCUCAGCCUAACGGGCGAUGGGGAGCUCAGAUAUACGAGAAGCACCAGCGCGUGUGGCUAGGCACCUUCAACGAGGAAGACGAGGCGGCGCGUUCAUACGACGUGGCGGUUCACCGUUUCAGAGGACGAGACGCCGUCACGAACUUUAAAGACGCGAGGCUCGACGAAGGAGAGGUCGAGUUCUUGAAUUCUCACUCGAAAGCUGAGAUCGUUGACAUGCUGAGGAAACAUACUUACAACGAGGAGCUCGAGCAGAGCAAACGGCGUCGUAACGGUAACGGAAACAUGGUUAGGUCGUUGACGUCGACGUUGGACGGUGACGGCGUUUCCACGACGGAGUUUAGAUCAGCGGAGCCUCUUUUUGAGAAAGCGGUUACUCCAAGCGACGUUGGGAAGCUGAACCGUCUCGUUAUACCGAAACACCACGCGGAGAAACAUUUCCCGUUACCGCCUAGUAACGUUUCCGUUAAAGGAGUGUUGUUGAACUUCGAGGACGUGACGGGGAAAGUGUGGAGGUUCCGUUACUCGUAUUGGAACAGUAGUCAAAGCUAUGUGUUGACCAAAGGUUGGAGCCGGUUCGUUAAGGAGAAGAGUCUGCGUGCUGGUGAUUUGGUUAGUUUCAGCAGAUCCGACGGUCAGGAUCAACAGUUGUAUAUUGGGUGGAAGUCGAGAUCCGGACCGGAUGUAGAAACGGGUCGGGUUUUGAGACUGUUCGGAGUCAACAUUUCGCCGAACGACGUCGUGGGGAACAAGAGGGUGAACGAUACUGAGAUGUUAUCGUUGGUGUGUAGUAAGAAACAACGCAUCUUUCACGCCUCGUAACAACUCCUCUUUCAUUUUGUUUUAAUAGUUUUUUUUUUUUUUAAUUUCCACUUUCGAUCUCUUUUUCAGUUGCAUCUGUUUCUAAUUAUUACUUAAGGUUCAUGAGUUCUUUUUGUUGUAAUGAUGAACUGUAUAUUUUAAAUAUAGAAUAAAAGGUUAUUUAGAUCUUUCAAGAGUUUUAAGUAACAUGAGAAUGUUUUUAAUUACCUUAUCUUGCUUUGUUUCUUUCUAUUUCAUGUGUGGCAGAAGUAAGAGCGAAGAUGUAUGCAUCUAUUUCAUGUGUAUGUAGAACUCAUGUAUACAUUAGCUACUACUGCUUGUGGUAUUUGGUUAUACUGAUCAUAUGAAGGAUACUCUGACCGAUAAGACAACCAAUGUUCUAACAAAGAGUCAAGUUGUAACUAAUAAAAUGCUCUAU